GCGCGCCGAGAGCGACGCCCGCGUCCGAAACGGAGCCGGAAUAUUUAGGUGAAAGUGUUUCGAAUUUCGACAUGACGACAUUCGCGCGCAGUCGUUAUCGUGAUUCUGCCGAAUCUAGAGGUUCGGUUCGCUCCCGCUGACUUACCCGCGUUCGCAGGGAAUUCGCAGUGAUCGGUGCUGGCCAGCGAUGCUGAGAGUCGGUGUUGAGAAUUUUCGGAGACGCAAAUUAAAAAGGUGAUUCGUGGAUUAUCGUGAGGACCUUCGUAUGAUGUGCGAACUGUGGUGCUGAGCAAACUGUCGACUGGCGACAAUCUGGGACCCGAGGCGCUCGCCGCCUCCGCGCACGCCCUGCAAUUGCAGACGAUGACAUCCACCAUGGGAAUAAUGACACUCAGCCGCGGCCCGUGUGACCUGGACAACAUGAGUCUAUUCCAAGACCUCAAACUCAAGAGGCGGAAAGUUGACUCCCGUUGUAGUAGUGAUGGCGAGUCCGCAGCCGACACCAGCACGUCGUCGCCGGACCCGGGUCCGCCGUCCCCGCGCAUGGCCGAGGCGGGCUGCAGCACGCCGCCGCACCCGCCGCCCGUGUUCGACGGCGGCGGCUCGCCCUCGCCCGCGCCCGCCUGCCACCCCACCGUCAUCCGCUCCGCGCCGCCCUACUCCUGCAUCAAGUUUGAGGGGGCGCCAGCGCCCAUCAAGAUAGAGAACGCGCCGCCCGUCAAGCACGAGUCGGCGCAGGCGCAGCUGUCGUCCGUCAAGCUGGAGGUCGCGCCACCGGAGCUGCAGCAGCAGUAUCGGCCGCGCGCGCUGGCGCCGCCGCCCACUAGCACCCCCGCCUCUAUGUCACCGGGCCCCUGGCCCUCGACGGCCUGCAUCAACGGCGUCAAGCCGGAGCUCAUCGGGGGCCACUUCCCGCCCCAGCCGCUCGAGCCGAAGGGCGGCCGGGGAUCGACGCAGUGGCGGGGGGCGCCGGCCGUCAUCAUGGGGGAGUCGGGCGGCGUCCGGACGAUGUUCUGGACGCUGCCGGCGCCCACCGCGGGCGGCGAGCCGGCGGCCGGGGCGUCGCACGCGCCCACGCCGCCCGCGCCGGACCCGGGCACGUGCAGCGAGGAAUCGGCGGCGCGGCUGCUGCUGAACCUGGGCGGCGAGCUGCGCCGGCCGCGCGGUCCGCCGCUCAACAUGGAGCUGCUGUGGGCGGGCGACGUGUCGCAGCUGCCGGCGCACCAGCAGAUGCACGCACUGAACCUGAGCGCGGCGGCGGGCGCGGUGGCGGGCGUCGCCGGCGUGUCGGGCGCCGGCCUUGCGCGCCCCGAGCUGCGGACGUACGCGCCGGAGACGGACCGCGAGGAGGACGAGCAGCCCAUGAUCUGCAUGAUCUGCGAGGACAAGGCCACGGGCCUGCACUACGGCAUCAUCACGUGCGAGGGCUGCAAGGGCUUCUUCAAGCGGACCGUCCAGAACCGGCGGGUGUACACGUGCGUGGCGGACGGCGGCUGCGAGAUCACGAAGGCGCAGAGGAACAGGUGCCAGUACUGCCGGUUCAAGAAGUGCAUCGAGCAGGGAAUGGUUUUACAAGCCGUACGGGAGGACCGCAUGCCCGGGGGCCGCAACAGCGGGGCCGUCUACAACUUGUACAAAGUAAAAUAUAAGAAGAAAACCAAACCCAACACGAAGGCGGCGACGACCACGAGCCGGUCGUCGCCCCCGGAGAAGCCCAAGGACCCCCUCCCGCCCAUCCCACCGCACCUCGUCAACGGGACCAUACUUAAGACUGCACUAACCAAUCCGAGCGAGGUGGUACAUUUAAGAGCAAGACUAGAGAGCGCCGUUUCCUCAUCACGGGAUCGAGCAGUUCCUUUAGAAAGAGCGUUACAUAUGAUAAGAGCUUUAAUAGACUGCGACGCGAUGGAGGACAUCGCGACGGUCCGCCACCUACCAGAUCUCCUUCACGACACCUCAGAGAUCGGGGACAAGCUGUGCAAGAUCGGCGACUCCAUCGUCCACAAGAUGGUGGCGUGGACGAAGAAGCUGCCCUUCAUCAUGGAGAUCCCCAUGGAGAUCCACUCGAAGCUGCUGAUGGAGAAAUGGCACGAGAUCUCGGUGCUGACGACAGCGGCUUACCAGGCGAUGCACGGGAAACUCGCGCACGCGCCGCCUUCCUCGGACCACGAGCACGACUUCAUGCAAGAGGUAAACGCCAACCUACGGACCCUCCAGAACUGUCUGACGUCGCUGAUGGGGCGGCCGAUAACCCUGGAACAGCUGCGGCUGGACGUGGGGCUGGUGGUGGAGAAGAUGACGCAGAUCACCUGCGUCUUUCGCCGUAUCCAGCUCAGGAUGGAGGAAUACGUGUGUCUGAAGGUGUACAUACUGCUUAACCAAGAAGUCGAGCUAGAGAGUAUUCAAGAUAGGUAUGUGCAAGUGCUGCGCAGCUACUUGGAGCACGCCGCGCCACAUCACCCGGGAAGAUUACAGGAACUGUUUGCGAGGAUACCAGAGAUCCAAGCUGCGGCGAACCUGCUGCUGGAGAGCAAGAUGUUCUACGUGCCCUUCGUACUGAACUCCGCGGAGAUCAGAUAGUACAUGGCGCAGCAGGGCGUCUAGUUCGCGAUGUACGGAACACCCGCCCCCACCACACGCGCCCCUCGCGCCACACGUGUCGUCGUCACACGCCACACCACGCUGUGUUCACUCGCCCAACGCUAGGCAACGACAAUAAGCAUCGGAACUGACGCUGUCGGAUCUCGGACUGACUCUUGAGUGCGUGCAAGGAUAGUGAUGUGUGCUAUGUUUAGUUGAAAUAUAACGUCCCAAUCGACAGACUGAUUUAUAAAUAAAUAGCUCUUAAUCCGUAGGCAAUAGGGACUCGAAUGCGUGUUUUAUACGUAGUUUAUAUAGUGUUAAAUAUAGUUACGUUACUAUUUAAAUUUUGUCAAUCGGAAAUCGCAUAAUAUAUUAUUUCUGUACAUAUAGGUUUAAUGUAUAGUGUAAGCUCGUUGUUAUGAGACGUUUCUUGUAAAUGAAAUAUUGCUAUUUUAGUUUGCAUUUUUUUGUGUAGACUUACGUAAACCAGGGCCGCUGGCGUAUUACGGAGGAUUUCUUAUUUUACGACUCGUUAUAAGUAGCACUAAGUACCUAUUCUCAGUGUUUACCAAGACUGCUUGUAUACUAUACUGUUUUUAUGCUAACAUAUAGGGGAGGGCGCGGUAAGUUGGGACACAUUAGGUUCAGAGCAUAAAACUUGUAGAGUUAUUAAAUGCUCGGUAACUAAGGUGUCCCGUCUUACCCCAGUCUCCCACAGGCGCGCGACGCCACAAUCUGUAGUCACAACUUUUGCAUUUCUAUUGUCAAUAAUUUGCAAUUUGUGCGAUCACUUCGGACGCUUAGUGCAAGUUUUUAAUCGAAUGUUCCAGUGUUUGGCCUACUACCAUGGAGACGCUUUUUGAAGCUGUACGGAAAUAUAUUUUGUAGAGAAUUAUCGCAUAUCGCCAACCUUAGUAACUGCCUGCAUUGUAAAGGGCCCCCACUCACUAACAUCAUUGUGGCGCCAUCUGAGUUUUAUUAAAGAUGUCAAAUAAAUGAGGCUACUAGACUCUAGAGGAAUCUCUAUUCAUUCUAGUGACAGCAUUGUCUCGUGCCAGAAACCGUCUCAAAUGACCAGGUGGAUAUUACCAAAAGCUUUAAAUGGUUUGUAACCGUAAUCGAACACGAAAAUAAAAACUCGUCCUAUGCCCAUGUAGGUGUAGCACUAUAAUUAUUGUCAUACAAAUUUCAUUCACAAGGGUUUGAUUUUGGUUAAUACUUCAAGGUCAUCAUUUUGACGUUUUUUUUCA